GGAAAAGAAGUGCGACGUGAACAGUAGCAUCCCACAUGAUCGGACAGGGGAACUGGAGUGUGUAGAUCUAACAUUACUCCUCUCCUUCCACUCAGAACAUAUUUUGAAAAACACAAUGUCAACUCAUUUCAGGAGCGGACCUGCUUUCGGGCUGUCUGCAGAGGUCAAGAGCAAGCUGGCCCACAAGUAUGAUCCUCAUAAGGAGGAAGAGCUAAGAAUGUGGAUCCAUGAGGUCACAGGCCAUAAACUCCCAAAGAACUUCAUGGAGGGACUGAAAAAUGGAGUCGUCCUCUGCGAGCUUAUCAACACCCUUCAGCCUGGCUCUGUGAAAAAGAUCAGCAACUCUCCUCAAAACUGGCAUCAGCUGGGAAACAUUAGUAAUUUUGUCCGAGCCAUUCAAGAGUACGGACUGAAGAAACAUGAUAUAUUUGAGGCCAAUGACCUGUUUGAGAACGGCAACCACACUCAGGUCCAGUGCACACUUAUUACGCUGGCUGGGAUGGCUAAAUCUAAAGGGUUUCUCUGUAAAUAUGACAUGGGAGUGAAAUACGCUGAGAAACAACAGCGGACAUUUGACCCCGAGAAACUAAAGGAAGGACGCAACAUAAUUGGUCUGCAGAUGGGAACCAAUAAGUUUGCCAGUCAAAAGGGUAUGACAUCUUAUGGCACACAUCGACACCUCUAUGACCCCAAGACGGGGAUGGAAAGUCCUCUGGACCAAACAACAAUCAGCCUGCAGAUGGGCACCAACAAAGGAGCCAAUCAGUCCGGCAUGACGGCUCCAGGCACCAAGCGGCAGAUCUUCGAUAAGAAUCUGGACAUGGAGACGUGUGACACCUCUGUUGUCUCACUGCAAAUGGGCACCAACAAGAUGGCGUCCCAGACAGGCAUGACGGUGUAUGGGCUUCCUCGCCAGGUGUACGACAGGAAGUACUGCUCCAGUCCUGAUGACUACAUCGACAACAGGCAGGACUCCGAGAUGGAUGGAUAUCAGUAUUCUGACUAAGAUGAAUAGACAGUUUUAAUUUUUGGAGUGUGCCAUUCUCCUAUGACUUCACAUGUAUGGCCCAUUUUACUUGUGUAUAAAAAAACUUUUCAAAUUAGAUUUGUAUUUAUGAUGCCUCAUAGUUUUAUCAAAUUUGAGUGGAUUUGGUCUAGCCAGCAGCUAUUAUAGUGUAUAAGGUCUGAUCUGUUCAUUGAAGCUCUUUUGAUUGGAUGAAGGAUGAGGAAGACCGCAGAAGACACCAGUGCUGCUGCCCAAUCAAAUCAAUAGAUUCUUAAAGAAGAUCGACCUUAAUGAACUUUACUGUGUCUUUGUGAUUUCAACUAGGUUGAAUUUUUCCCCCUUUUAAAAACAGACCAUAGAUGUUUGGUGCUAUAAGGCUUAAGCUGAAAUAAUAAAAAUGUUUAAGUUCAAGUGCAACAACAAUGAGCACAUU